AUGGCAAUAAUAGACUUCAUAGACGUGAUUGAUGAUAUCAUUGACUUGAGCAGUGGCGAGGAGAAUGUUGAACAGGAUGAAAUCCCGACUCAGCCCCCCGCGGCGAUGCUUGAUAGGCAGGAGGUGUUUGUCGAAGCUGGUGAUGGAAGGCAAGAGGCUGCCAAGUCCGGAAAUAUUAUCCAAGCUACCACAUGGUCCAUGUUUAAGGAGAAAGGACCUCUUGGUACAACUGCAAACCAGAAUUGCACUUCAAUGACAGUACCACUCCCAAUUAACAGUGGCACCAUGAUAGAGAUAAAAAGUUGUUACAUCGCUGCAGGCCCUGCUUCAGCUGCUCUGGAGGCUCAUCCCUCAUCACAGCCGGACCAGACUGAAGAAGGGUCCUCUACUCAGUCCAGAGAUACUAUGACAGGUACCACUGGAACACCGUCCUUGGUUGCAGAGGAAGGGUCUCUUGAUACCACUGCAACACAGAAUUUUCCUCCAACAUCAGUGCCAUUCCCAAGUCCCACUUUCACGACUCCGAAUGGUCUGGCAUAUGAAGGAGAUAAUGGAAGGCUGUUGAGGAUGUAUGGGAGACGUCCUAGGAAGAAGAACUACCAUACCGAAACCGCUAGGAGAAGUCCUAGGUUCGAAGAUAAGCAUAAGGGUAAUAAAAGGCUGUUGUAG